CUUGUUCACACUACCCAGCCCUUUGAUUCUCUCUCCGUCCGUCCCUCUCAGAGCUGAAGCUGCAAGUGAGCAACACGAUGCAGGCGAUUACGAGGCGCGCUGGGCAGCGGUAUCUGAAUCCCUCAUCGUCGCUCAAGUCAAUCUACCCUCUCUCCGAUCACCAUUAUGGAGCUGAGUGUCCCAAGUACGGAUCUACCCUCGCCACUAAGGGAGUGGGGCACCUUGUACGCAAGGGCACGGGUGGAAGAUCAUCUGUUAGUGGCAUCGUCGCUGCAGUUUUCGGAUCUACUGGGUUCCUUGGUCGAUAUCUUGUACAACAACUCGCCAAAAUGGGAAGCCAGGUAUUAGUUCCGUUCCGUGGUUCUGAAGAUUCCCAUCGUCAUCUCAAGUUGAUGGGAGAUUUGGGACAGAUAGUACCAAUGAAAUACAAUCCAAGAGAUGAAAACUCAAUUAAGGCAGUAAUGGCGAAAGCUAAUGUGGUUAUCAAUCUUAUUGGUAGAGAGUAUGAGACAAGAAACUUUAGCUUUGAGGAAGUGAAUCAUUCCAUGGCUGAACAACUCGCAAUGAUUUCCAAAGAACAUGGGGGUAUCAUGAGAUUUAUUCAAGUUUCUUGCUUAGGGGCAUCUCCCUCAUCACCAUCCAGAUAUCUAAAGGCUAAAGCUGCUGCAGAGGGUGCUGUUUUAAGUGAACUACCAGAGGCCACAAUUAUGAGACCUGCUGUGAUGAUUGGUACAGAGGAUCGAAUUUUGAAUCAGUGGGCCUGUGUUUCGAAAAAAUAUGGCUUUCUUCCACUUGUUGGGGAUGGGUCUACCAAAAUCCAACCUGUAUAUGUUGCUGAUGUUGCUGGUGCAAUUGUUUCUGCCCUGCAAGAUGAUGGCACAAGUAUGGGAAAAGUUUAUGAACUUGGUGGGCCUGAGGUCUAUACAGUGCACCAAUUGGCAGAAGUUAUGUUUGACAUGAUCCGAGAAUGGCCACACUACGUGAAGAUUCCUCUCCCAAUCGCUAAGGCAAUUGCAAUGCCACGAGAAAUACUGCUUAAAAAAGUUCCAUUCCCAUUGCCGAAUCCUGAAAUCUUCAACCUCGAUCAAAUCCUUGCCCAAGCUUCAGAUACAGUUGUCUCAGAAAAUGCCUUGACUUUCAAUGAUCUUGGAAUUCUUCCCCAUAAGAUCAAGGGCUACCCUAUUGAGUUUCUUAUCCAAUAUCGUAAGGGAGGCCCAAACUUUGGUUCUACAGUCAGUGAAAAAGUAUCUCCAGAUGCUUGGCCAUGAGCUUCUUAGGCUUUCUUAAGUCCAAAAUGCUUUUAGUCCUAGAGUGCAACCCUCUUGGAGACUGAAUCAGGUUUUCAGAGGCUGCCUUCUUCUGUUGAGAAAUAGUAGGAAACAAUAAAAGAUAUGGAGAUUAUUCUUUUGCGGUUCAUAUCUUUAACAUUUGACUCAAUUUCAACCAUUUGUAAUUUUCCUGGAUUUUUCUUUCUUUUUGGUUGGUUGUUCAUAAGCCCUGAGUUAUGAGGGGAAUUCCAUGUAUCUUAUUUUUUGUUUAACAUGAGUAAAGUAAUGUUAUCCUCCCCUAUGAA